AUGGGACUCGAUUCUUGGAUCCCUAAGACUGACUCUUUUCUUGCGGAGGAUGGGACUCGAUUCAUUAAUCCUGUGACUAGAGUUUGUGAUUUUUUUGUGGAUGGUGAGAAAAGGUGGGAUGUAGGCAAGUUGAUGACUUCAUUUUCUGCUAGAGAUGUGAAGGCUAUUUUGUCUAUACCUUUAUUUAUUCAUAUGGUGGAGGAUGUGGUUUUAUGGCAUUAUGAGAAGCGUGGAGUGUAUACGGUUAAAUCUGGAUAUCAUGUUAGUAUGGGUCUGGUACGAGAUAGCCAGAAUGUUGGGAAUCCACGGUUAUGGACACGUAUUUGGAGCCUUAAUCCUAAAAUAAGGGAUUUUUUGUGGCGGGCUUGUAGAGAUGUCCUCCCUACAAAAUCUAACCUUCUAAAACGUGGUAUAGCAGUUAAUGAUCUUUGUUUUUUCUGUCCUUCAAGAGAAGAUGGUGACCAUGUGUUAUGUCAUUGUGUUCGGGCAAAUACUUGUUGGAGUUUGCUUGGUUUUAAUAUUCCCAGUGUGACUGCAACUUUUAUUGAUUUAUUCAUGCAGUGUUGGGAUGGCCUUGGACAAAGUGUUGGGAUGGCCUUGGACAAUAAAAAGCCGAACUAUUGGCUUUUCUGGCUUGGCAUUUAUGGAAGGCAAGAAAUACUUUUUGCUGGUCGGCAAAAUUGGUGCAACCAACCCAGAUUGCCUGUAUGGUUUCUACCCAUUGUAUGGAAUGGCAUUCUUUUGAUAAUUUAA